AUGAGGCUCCGACUCCUCGCUCUGCUCUGUCUCUUUUUCUUCAGUAUUCCUCGGCUGAAAUUCGCAGCCGCGACCUCCGCCGAGUCGAACGAGUCGAACUCGGUGGCGGAGGAGGAGAUCAAUGCCGCGUCGGAGAACUCGUCGCUGGCGAGAUCUAGUAACGACAGCCUCGCUAACAUGAUCGAUCGGGCUCUCGAGCGCGAGUUCCCGGAGAACGAGCAGAAUCAAGCUGCCGACGCCGGUAGCUUCAAUAACAGCGUCAAUGAACAACAGGCGACUCUGGAGACUGUUGCUAGAGUUAAGUCCAAGAAAAACGAAAGCAAGGAGGAGAAGUCGUUUCAGUUUCAUGAUGUUUUCCAUCUGGAGAAUGAGAAUGGAGCAGAAGAUAUGCCUACUCUAAUUGAUCGGAAGGAUAAUGUUUUUAUUAUAUCCAAUCUCAAGUCAAAGUAUCCUGUGCUGCAAGUGGACUUGAGACUAAUAUCAGAUCUGGUAGUCGUCAUUGUCUCUGCAACGUGUGGUGGCAUUGCCUUUGCCUGUGCUGGACAACCUGUCAUUACUGGAUACUUACUAGCAGGAUCUGCCAUUGGACCUGGAGGCUUGAGUUUUGUCAGUGAAAUGGUCCAAGUUGAGACAGUGGCUCAAUUUGGAGUGAUAUUUCUUCUUUUUGCAUUGGGCUUAGAAUUCUCAGCUGCUAAGCUUCGGGUCGUUCGAGCAGUGGCUGUUUUGGGAGGUUUACUGCAGACUUUCCUAUUUAUGUGCUUGUGUGGAAUAACAGCCUCAUUAUGUGGUGGAAGUCCUUCUGAAGGGGUAUUUGUUGGUGCAUUUCUUUCUAUGUCUUCAACAGCAGUGGUUUUGAAAUUCUUGAUGGAAAGAAAUAGUAUUCAUGCUCUUCAUGGUCAAGUCACAGUUGGCACUCUUAUAAUGCAGGACUGUGCUGUGGGUUUGCUAUUUGCUCUGCUUCCAGUUCUUGGUGGUACUUCUGGUAUUCUUCAAGGAAUAAUAUCCAUGACCAAAUCGUUGGUGGUCUUGCUUACAUUUUUGGCCACAUUAUCAAUAUUAUCACGUUCUUGUGUACCAUGGUUCCUUAAGCUUAUGAUAAGCCUAUCUUCUCAGACUAAUGAACUCUAUCAAUUAGCAUCUGUGGCAUUCUGCUUACUUGUCGCUUGGUGUAGUGAUAAGCUGGGUUUAAGUCUUGAACUGGGUUCCUUUGCAGCAGGAGUGAUGAUAUCAACAACUGAUCUUGGUCAACAUACACUUGAACAGGUUGAGCCCAUUCGCAAUAUGUUUGCUGCUCUUUUUCUUGCAAGCAUUGGGAUGUUGAUAGAUGUUCAAUUCCUUUGGAAUCAUGUUGAUAUUUUAUUAGCAGCAGUUAUAUUGGUAAUCGUUGUAAAAACUGUAGUGGUUGCUACUGUUGUGAAGGGAUUUGGAUACAACAACAAGACUUCCCUUCUUGUUGGAAUGUCUUUGGCACAAAUUGGAGAAUUUGCUUUUGUUUUACUAAGUCGCGCUUCUAAUCUUCAUCUGGUAGAGGGUAAACUGUAUGUGUUACUUCUAGGCACAACAGCUCUUAGUCUGGUCACUACACCAUUGCUAUUCAAGAUGAUUCCUGCUGUAGUUCAUCUUGGGGUGUCGCUACGGUGGCUCUCCCCUGAUAGCCUGAGUGAGAUUGGCUACAAAGGAGAUAGCUUUCGCUCAGAUAGUGCUAAGCGCAUUUCUUUCUUGGUCCAAGAAUCUCAUCAUUUAUGAUGUCAAAUACAACAUUGGCCAGAAAAUUGCACUUUUCAUCCUUUGUGGUAAUAGUAUACUCAGAAGGACGGGUAUUUCAGAAGGAUGUUGACUAACUGAAAGUGUGUAUACGGCAAAGCUCCCCCACUGUUGCCUCUACCCUCCAUGCAUCUUAGUGAUCUUACUGACGGAGCAAGAGUGAAUCAUGAAAUACUAAUUGAGACCGAGAAAGAAACAGCAUGCUCG